AUGAAAACGAUGUUGGGGUCCCAGCGGACCAGAAGAAGCGACUGGCCGCUGCUCCUUGUCCUUUUCAUGUUUGUGUCUCUUUGCGUUGGCGCUCCGACAGACAGUAUCCGCGAUGCAGAUCAGGCACAAUCCGGCUAUCUGGAUAAUCAUAACAUGGAUCCAGCAAUUGUGCAGGGUGCGACAUUUGGUAAGGUUUUCCUCCUUCCGGGAAACAGUUCCCCUAGGUUCUAUGCAAAACCCCUGGUUUAUACUCCUAAAGCGGCGGGCAGUAAGCAGGUCCUUUUUGUUGCUUCAGAAACGAAUUGGGUUUAUGCUAUGGACGCUGUCACCGGGGUGACCCUGAGAUCAAAGCAGGUCGCAACCCCAUUCCUGGUCUCGGACAUUGGAUGCAACGAUAUUAGCGGCUUUAUCGGUAUUACUGGGACUCCGGCCAUUGAUCCUGCAACUGACACUGUUUACUUCUACGCAAAGUCGUAUCCUGGAGCCGAGAGGGGGGUGUAUAAUGGCACAUAUUGGAUCCAUGCGUUGGAUAUUAAUAAUUUGAAUGACCGACCGGGAUUCCCGAAGAAGAUUGACGGAUCGGUUGCCGACAAUGACCCAACUCGCUACUUCCAUGGGGGGACUCACCUUCAGCGGACGUCGUUGAGUAUAAUUAAUAGCAUAGUGUACGCUGGGUUCGGCGGACAUUGUGACAAAUACAACUUUACCGGAUGGGUUGUGGGAGUGGAUAAGACUACGGCAGAAGUAAAGGCGACUUUUGCUACGGAAUAUGGAGCAUUCGCGCCCCAGCAAGAUGGGACAUUUGAGGGAGGUGGAGGUGGAGCUGGUAUCUGGAUGAGCGGAAUGUCUAUUUCUUCGGACUCGUCUAAUCGUCUGUUCUACGUGACUGGGAAUGGGGAAGGACAUCAAAAUAAGGAAAUCCCUGCCUCUGGGAGAACCCCUCUGGAUACAUUGGAUGAAGCGAUUGUAAAUAUGAGGAUCGAUCCGGCGACGGGGAAACUUUCGUUACAGGAUUAUUUCGAGCCGUAUGAAUACAUUUCAAUGGAUGCUGGGGAUCGUGAUUUGGGGAGUGGGGGCAUAGCAUUGCUAGAUCCAAAUACCUUCUCCGGAACAAACGCUGCUCGGUUGGGUGUCACCGUGGGUAAAAAUGGUAAAGCAUAUAUCGUCAAUCUGGAUAAUCUCGGAGGAUUUAAAAUGGGCCCCGCAGGCUCAGACGCAGUGGUCCAGACUUUACAGAUGCCUGGAGGAGGAUCUGUAUUUGGAGGGGCUGGUUCUUAUCCUCUUGAGGGUGGAUACAUUUAUAUGACACCCGUUGGAUAUCCAACGCUCGUUUAUAAAUUUGGGAAAGAUGCCAACGGGAGGGCUGCAUUUACCCAAGUGGCUCAGACUGAUGAGAGCAGUGCCGGGCGGGUUGGUGUUGGUGUCCCUACCAUCACCACCUUCAAGGGACAGGCAGGAACGGCCAUCUUGUGGAUUGCCGAUGUUGAUGGUGGAUUGAGAGCCUAUAGAGCGGUCCCGGAGAAUGGCAAGAUGAUCCGGAUUCAGCUUCCUCCUACACCAUCGGUUUCGAAAUUUCAGAGGCCCUCGUUUGGUGAUGGGAGGUUGUACCUUUCUACCUCUAAUGGCUACAUUCAGUGUCUUGGGUCUCCGGUCGCACUGCCAUUGAAUAGUACGGGUCCGAUAUCGUUUGGGGAUUUGACUAUCGGGAGCAAGAGAGUAUUGCAAGUUAAUUGCACUGCACUCAUCGCGAUUACAAAAAUUGACGGGGUAACCUUGAGUAAUCCGUUGUUCACGGCCUCAAACUCGUCGCUACCAACAGGGGCACUCGUAAAAGGGCAGUCGUUUAGUUUUCCCGUUACUUUUGAUCUCACCAAUGCCACUAUCAAAGACAUACCUGGGACUUCCGUCCCUAGUGUGAAGCCUGGCAUUACUUCGGGCGCUUUGAAUAUCAUGACGACUAAUGGAGUCGACAAAUUUGCAAAUCUCCAACCUAUUGUGGUAUCAGGAAACCUCGCUUCAGCGCUUCCUUUCUUGGCAAUAAGCCCGGUGGAGGCAGACUUUGGCGGAAUAGUCAUUGGCUCAGCCGCGGCGGAGGCCGGCGUUCCGGGCAGUAUGGUGGUACAGAAUGUUGGGUCGACGGAUAUGCAUAUUACAGGAUAUGGUUGGACUAUUGAGAGCUUGGAGGGUGGGAAUCCGAAUUGGGUCAAUGUCACGGAAAACGGUUCAGCGAACCAUACUGUUGGGCCGGGUUUUUACGCUGUGGAUUUGCCCGCGGUCGGCAGUACAGUCGGUCCAGGGCAAUCAAUUACUGUUAAUUUGAACUUUAAGCCAUAUGCGGUUGGAAAUUAUCACUCGGUGUUCCAGAUUUGGAGUGAUGGCGGUGCUCAAUACAUUUUACUCACUGGUGUCGCAACCUUUGAACCUAAAGCCGUUCUCGAGGUCUCAACUGCGGAGGGUGGAUGGAGUACUGGAGAUUUGAUUGACUUUGGCCCUCAAUUGGCAGGUGUUUCGUUGAUUCGGCAGAUCCGCCUUAGGAAUACUGGUGGUAGCGCUCUGACGAUUACCAAGAGUAAGCCUCCAGAGGGCGCGGAAUUGACAGCGACAAAUCCUACGGGCGAGUUAUCCGAAGGACUUAAAAUUCCGCCCGAGGGCUCUGCCGUUGGGAAUUCGAUCAAUGGGAGCUGGACACUAAACACCGAUGACCUGACAUUUGGAGUUCACAAUGUGUUGGUACAAGGGGUUAUUCUAUCACGCCAAUUAGGCCCAUUGCUCCUAGAUGGUACGAGCAGGUACAAAUAUCUUGGGUGCUACAAAGACGCUGUUGCAGGGCGUUUGCUGGAUAAGAACAACAACUUGAAGCUGAACAACGAAAACGGUAUUUGUCAGCAGACAUGCUUAGGGCAAGGGUAUAUCUUUGCCGGAACAGAUGAGUUACAGUAUCACCAGGAAUGCUGGUGUGGAAAUAGAGUACCGAACAAGAUAUAUUUGUACGAGGAGAGCGCUAACAAGUGCACUUGGACUUGUACUGCGGAUAAAAGCCAGGCGUGUGGAGGUGAUGGGGCCGCCGACACCACCACUUCCUCCACAUCCACCUCCACACAAGCGGCAUUCACCGGCCCGCCCCGCUACAUAACCCAAUACAACAACUACACACUCCAGGGCUGCUGGACUGAAGCCACUAAGGGCCACGCGCUCAAGUCCAAAUCCCUCUCGAUAGCGAAUAUGACAGUGGACAUGUGCUGGGGCAUGUGCAACCAGUACCAAUUUUUCGGCCUGGAGUACUCGAAGGAGUGCUGCUGCGGGGAUGCGCUCCAGCCCGGAUCGGAGAAUAGCACUUCUGGCGCCCUGUGCAAUUUGAAGUGCGGCGGGAAUUCCACCAUCUAUUGCGGUGGUAGGUCCAGGUUGAAUUUGUACCAGUUCAAUGCUACUUUGCAGAAUUCUUCGAGGGUGCUUGUGGGGUUUGAGUUGCCGCUUGCGCCUUAG